CGCACUCUAUCCGCCGCCGCCACCCCUUCGAGAUCGCCGCAACGCGCCGCUCUCCGCGACCGUUUUCCGCCCACCGCCGCCAGUGUGCCGGGUACGCUAGACGACUGUUGAUGACCGUCGUUCGAUGUGCCGUCCGUUUUAACCGCCGCCCGACGAUUUGCGGCAUUGACGUUCACGUGAUUUCGUGUUUUUUUCGUUUUGGUGUUUUAUUUUAUUAUUUCGUUUUGACCGACGCCGUCGCCUCCGCAGAAUAUUUAGCGUCACAGACGAAGACAAUACAACAACAACAAUAAUAAUAAUAAUAAUUAAUAUACAUAUUGAGACAUCGUAAAAAUUUAACUAUCGAGUGCCGUCGGUACGCGUGUGCGUUUUUGGUUCGGUUCAGAAGUCGCCGAUCGUUUUACCGUUUCCGUUUUCCAUUCACGAAAUUGGAUAUCAUCUCGCCGUUUUGCUGCCACGAUCAGUGAACAGGAAAUUGAUUAAUCAAAGAUUCGAGUGUUUCAAGGCAUUCAUAAACAAAAUAUUGAACUCGAAGCUAGACAUCUGUCGAUAUGCCGAUAAUGUAUUUUGUUAUUUAUGAGAAUCAUUUCUGUCACCAAGUUUUGGCGUAAACAAUCUACAAUACACAAAAUAUGUAUUACUACGUGAACAAGAUCCCGUUAUAUCCUUAAGUUUUCGCAUAAAAAAAUAGAGGAAUUACCAUAUUAUGGACACGUGGCACGGAAAGUUUGAUCAGAUCAGUGCAUAACGUAAACGUCAGCAUAUAUAUUGUGAGAAUCUAAUGUUCAACUCGUUUUUGGAUUUCGUCGACUGAUACGCCGAUUUACCAAGACCACGGCGGUGGUGACCGUCUUGGGCGGGAGACAGGCUCAUCCUGACGCGGGCGUAGAGAUCGUCAUGAAGUUCAAAUCGACAGAGACUGCGACAGGACUAAAAAUUCGCCGCCGUCCGGGAUGAUGUACGCCACCGAUACAAUGCCGACGACCACGAGGACGAAGAUGAUUUUCGCGGCAGCGGUGUUGGCCGCCGCGCUGGUCGCGGCCGCGGGCUGUCCGCUCGGAUGUACGUGCAAGUGGAAGGGCGGCAAGCAGACGGUCGAGUGCGUCAACCGAAGUCUGACAGUCAUACCGGCGGGCAUGGACGUCGGCACUCAAGUGCUGGACAUGUCGGGAAAUUCGAUGGAUUCGCUGUCCAGGGGCCGGUUCAUGUCGGCCGGGCUGUCAAACCUGCAGAAGAUCUUCAUGGCCCGGUGUCGGAUCACGUACGUGGACGACGCCGCUUUCCAGGGCCUGUCCAACCUGGUCGAAUUGGACCUGUCCGACAACGGGAUCACUGACAUUCCGACCAAGUCGUUCGACGAUUAUCCUCAGCUGAUGAAGCUGGUGCUGAGCGGCAACGCGGUGACCGUGGUCCGGACCGCAGCGUUCAAGGUGCUCGCCUACCUCACGGUGCUCGACCUGAGCCGGUGCCGGGUAUCUACGAUCGAGCCGGGCGCGUUCGACGGCCUGCACAACAUCGCGUGGCUGCGGCUGGACCACAACCAGAUCAUGAGGAUCGAAGGCGCGGGCGGCGCGGUCGUGUUGCCACUAACGCUGCACGGCAUCGAGAUGCACCACAACCCGUGGUCGUGCGACUGUCGUCUGAGAGACGUGCACCGGUGGCUGAACAACAACAGCGCGCCGCACACGGUCGAACCAACCUGCCACGGACCGGACCGGUUGCGCGGCACCGUCAUCCGGAAGUUGGCCACCGAGGAACUGGCGUGCGCUCCGGUGGCGGUGGCCGCGUCCCCCGAGUACGUGGAGACGGACGCCGGCAAGAACAUUACGCUAGCGUGCAGGGUGACGCCCGUCGGACAGGCGCGAAUCUCGUGGUGGUUCGAAGGUCGGCAGGUGGCCAACGGCACCGCUGUGGCCGGCGUGGAACUAUCCAUCGAGGACGCGGGGCCUGCGGACAACGGGACGUACGCUUGCGUGGCCGAAAAUCAGGCGGGAUGGGCAGCGUGCAACUUCACGGUGCGCGUGAUCCAAGAACCGUCCGAAGUGGCGGCCGGUUCGUAUCCGCCGGACGCGCCUCCGCCCGCUCUGUUGGCCGUCGUGCUGGCCGGUGCGGUGUGCUUCGUGGUCGUGGCCGUGGUAUGCGCGGUCGCCUGCCGGUUGACGGUGACGAAACGCCGGCGGCGUCGCGACCACAGCGGCCGACCGGCUGGCAAGUCCGGAGGAGCGAGUGACGCGGGCACCGACGACACGUCCAACAGCGGACAGGGAUCAAAGGCGACGUCCAACAUCAGACAAUCGGACUCGGUGAACCUGACCGUGUCGUCUACCGUCGACGGAAAGUUGUCGUCCGUAGAAGACGUGAGCGUGUACGGCGAGUAUGACGCGGCCGCCGGCCCCGGGUCGUCAGCCGGUUAUGAAGUGCACGAGGUGCUGCACCACGUGGGAGGCGGUGGCGGUUACGACGCGUACCAGCAAGUACACGUGGCCGCGGGACAUCCGGCCGCGUCGGCCGCGACCACCACCUUAGAGGCCAACCCGGACCUGAUCAGCGACGCGUCCACCGUGAUCCGGGACAACGUAGGCGGCGACUACUGCGACGCCGGCGACGAAGUGUACAAGAUAGCCGUUCCACCACCACCUUCCGGCGGACGGGACUUUUGGAGGAGUUCCGGUGCGAGCGGCAUCGUUUAUCCGUCGGCCGGCGGCUGUGGAUCGUACGAAUUGCAACUGUCGCCCGGCAAGCUGGCCGCCGCCGCCGGCGAACCGUAUCCGGCAGAUUACGGACUGCCCAAGUUGUCUUCCGGCCAGUAUCCCGUGCCGGCGCCUCCGUCAUUGUACAGGACGCUACCGCACCGCCGAAACGCGGCCAAACCGCAAGGCCGGUCGUGCCAGGAAGCCGAGUUCGUGCUGUUACAGCAGCAUCACCAUCACCACCACCAUCACCACCAGCAACAGCAACACAACCAGCACCACUUGAACCGGUACGAACCGCAAAACGUCCGAUACAAUCAACAGGGAUACCCGUAUCCGGCGGCCGCGGUGGCCGCAGACGCGGCAUACUACACGACAUCCGCUUCAGCUUUUUACGAUCCGCCUUCGUUGUCGAACGCUUCUGCGCAAACGCUCGACGACGAAUCGAUGGUCAUGGUCAUGAUGAUGCCACCGCCACCACUAGUGACCGGAGCUGCUGCAUUACCCGCGACCGGCAGGCAGCCGCAACACGCUGAACACGCGAACCAACACAAGGCCGUCACCGCCGUGCAAAAGCAACCGGCCAACACGGAGAGCCCGGACGAAGGGUACGUGGGCGAAGGUCCUGACUCGUAAACCGGCCACGAGCCGCGUCCGGAUGUCCGUCCGCCGACGUAGACUCCGCAGAGGUUGCACACUUGACGAAGGACGCUAGUCAUUUUCACCUGUAAAUAAUGUGAUAGUGUAAUAUUGUAAGAUGUUAUCGUUGCAUAAGCUGUGAAAUAUUUAUAUCGUGCGUACUUGUUGGCAAGUCCGACGAGACGUCCAACAGGUUCAACCGCAGAAAUAGCGUUGUAAAAAUAUGACUUUAUCGACCGUUAUACACAUUGUAAUAUAGACCCUUUCGGAAAAUGUCCACCAAAACGAUUUACCCCGAUCGUUAUGCAGUAAUCGAAUGGCGCACUAUACUGCAUCGUGUAACGUAAUAGUUAAACGAUGUUAUUCAAUUAUAAAACUUACAAUUCUGCACUAGAUAAUAUCGAAUACGUAAUAUUUAGUUCCGUGCGAAUCCGACACUAAUGAACACGUAAUCUGCUUAAUUUUAUGUGUUUGUAAAGUUCUCUAUAUUAAUGUACCUACUAAAUGUAUUUUAUUUUUUUUUUCAAAAAAAUGAAUUUAUGUUAUGUUUUUUAAAAGCAAUAUUGUGUUUUGUGCCGAAUUCUGAUAUUGUCGAAAACAAUAAAUUAUUGUACGAAAUAAUUAUUUUUAGCACGAUUUUAUUAAUUUUGAUUUACAAAUAAAAUAUUUCAGUCCUAAAUUAUUAUAACAAAACUACACUAUUUGUAAACAACAAUACUGUUGAGAAUCAUUAAGAUUCUUAAAGCGAGUUUUUAUUUAAUAUUUUCCUUUUACAUAAAAACUUUUCCGUAUAAAAAGAUUGAGAUUUUCAAUUCAUAUCAUUAUUAUCUGAAUUAAAUUCGACUUGAAUUAUUAUACAUAACAGUUACUUUUUAAUAAAAAUAAAUAAAUACAUGUCCACUGAGUACUCGCACCAAAAACACUUUUAAAUGUAUUUCCUUUCUCCUGAAAAUAUAAAAUGACAUAAUAGAAUAUACAAAAUAAAAGAAUAUAUAAACUAUAAUAAUAUGACAAUCCAUAAUUAUUACGGUAAAAAACACAACAACAAAUCAGUUAGUAAAACGAAACUCUUUUAAACAUUGCAUUGUACUUGGCUCAAAUUUAUCUAUUAUUUCCUAAACGAUUUGGCCCUAUUGAAAAUACAAUUAUGCCUUAACCUCCCUUUUCAUUUUCAUACUUUACCGUAGAUAAUUACAGUUAGUCAAACAUGUUUUCAUAUGAUCCAUUCACUAAUCACUUUCGGGGGACAUAUUUUGAGGUAUCAAUGGGGUGAUUGACCUGAUUUUAUUUUAAACUACUACGAAUUCUUCUAGUGAAUAAAAACAUGAUCAUAAUUGAAUUUAAAUCCUCAGUUUUAAAUAAGAUUCGAUGAGACAUUAAAAAGUGUAGUCAACUAUCGUAAUAUGUACAUAU